AUGGCCCAAGUGGAGGCAUCGGAGACUCACGUCUCUGGCCAGAGCAAUGCCCCCAUGAGUCAGCCUGCUCACGCUCUCUCCUUUAACCAGGUAGCAGAGGAGCUUAAGGCUGAUAUCAUGAAUGGUUUGAAUGAGACCGAGGCCAGCCAGCGGUUGGAAACGUUUGGAAAUAACGAUCUCGGUGAUGCCGAAGGCAUCCAACCCCUCAAGAUCAUCCUGGCCCAGGUGGCCAACGCCAUGACAUUAGUCUUGAUCCUUGCCAUGGCCGUCUCUUUUGGUAUUAAAUCUUGGAUCGAAGGCGGUGUUGUCGCCUUCGUCAUUAUGCUCAACGUCGUCGUCGGAUUCUUCCAGGAGUACUCGGCUGAGAAGACCAUGGACUCCCUCCGAUCUCUCUCAUCCCCCACUGCAACCGUUAUUCGUGGUGGAGACUCCAUGGUUGUUCCCUCUGUCCACAUUGUGCCCGGCGACCUUGUGGAAAUCAAGGUCGGUGACACAAUCCCGGCCGAUAUCCGACUCAUCGAGGCUAUCAACUUCGAAACGGACGAGGCGAUGUUGACCGGCGAGUCCCUGCCAGUCAGGAAGAAUGAGGAUGCAGUCUUCGAGGAUAAUACCGGCCCUGGUGAUCGUCUCAACGUGGCCUACAGCUCUUCCACUGUUACCAAGGGCCGUGCCAAGGGUAUCGUUUUUGCUACUGGCGUUUGCACCGAGAUUGGUGCCAUUGCCAAUGCCCUUCGAAAGAAGGAUAGCAAGGUCCGCCCCGUCAAACGUAAGACUGAUGGGUCGGCCAAACCGCACCGAUAUCUCGAGGCUUACACGUUGACUCUCACGGAUGCCAUUGGUCGCUUCUUGGGUGUCAAUGUAGGCACUCCUCUACAGAAGAAGCUUUCCAGGCUGGCUAUUCUCCUAUUUGGUGUUGCCGUCAUCUGUGCCAUCAUUGUGCUCGCUGCCAAUGAAUUCGACGGUCACCAACAGGUCGUCAUCUACGCCGUUGCCACGGGUCUUUCUAUGAUCCCAGCUAGUCUGGUCGUCGUCCUGACCAUCACUAUGGCUGCCGGCACGAAGCGAAUGGUGGAACGCAACGUCAUUGUUCGAAACCUCAAGUCUCUCGAGGCUCUUGGUGCGGUCACGGAUAUCUGCUCUGACAAGACCGGUACCCUCACCCAGGGCAAGAUGGUGGCUCGCGGCGCUUGGAUGCCCGGCAAGGGAACUUACACGAUUGAAAAUUCGUCUUCUCCCUUCGAUCCCACUGUUGGUGAUAUUCGAUACGACCCUCGCCAGCCGCACCAUAUCCCUUUCAAGCAGGGUGGCGAUGCCUGUGGUGUUAUUGAUACAGCUGCCAACCUGCUUUCACAGAGUGCCAGUGGCCUCACCAGCUUCCUCCAGGUCGCUUCACUAGCCAAUCUUGCGACUGUCGUCCAGAAGGAUGGCGAGUGGCACGCUCGUGGUGACCCCACUGAGAUUGCUAUCCAAGUCCUUGCUUCUCGAUUCGACUGGAACCGCCUCAAACUCACCAGCCAUGAUGAGCACAACCAGUACAGCGAGGUCGCCGAACUGCCUUUUGAUUCUGACGUCAAGCGCAUGUCUGUCAUCAUGAGGGACAAUCGCUCGGGCAAGCUCUUUGCCUUCACCAAAGGCGCUGUUGAACGUGUUAUCGGAGCUUGCUCGACCUACUGCCCUACUGAUUCGGAUGAUCAAAUCCCUAUUACGGACGACUUCCGUGAGGAGAUCCUCCGCAACAUGGAGGCCUUCGCUGGUAUGGGCUUGCGUGUCUUGGCCCUGGCAUCGAAGACCUACCACGUCGAUCUGAAGAAGGGUGACGAGGUCGACCGUACCACGGUUGAGUGCGACCUUGUCUUCCGUGGUCUCGUUGGCCUUUACGAUCCUCCUCGUCCUGAGUCUGCCCCGGCCGUCCGGGAGUGCCACGAGGCCGGCAUUUCCGUUCAUAUGCUUACUGGAGAUCAUCCCGAAACCGCCAAGGCCAUUGCUAUUGAGGUCGGGAUCCUACCCACUCGAAUGGAUCUUGUGGCCCAUGAUAUCGCGGCCUCAAUGGUCAUGACUGCUACCCAGUUCGAUGGCCUCUCGGAUGAUCAAGUCGAUCAAUUGCCGUUCCUCCCACUUGUAAUUGCUCGGUGUGCUCCCAACACCAAGGUCCGAAUGAUCGAGGCUUUACACCGCCGGAAGAAGUUCUGUGCCAUGACUGGUGAUGGUGUCAACGAUUCACCCUCGCUUCGCCGUGCUGACGUCGGAAUCGCUAUGGGCCAGGCUGGUUCUGACGUCGCAAAGGACGCAUCCGACAUUGUUCUGGCCGACGAUAACUUUGCCUCAAUUGUUGCGGCAAUCGAGGAGGGUCGCCGGAUUUUUGAUAACAUCCAAAAGUUCAUUCUUCACGUCCUGGCCACCAAUGUCGCACAGGCCUGUGUUCUCCUUGUCGGUCUAGCAUUCAAGGACCGAACAGGUCUCUCAGUUUUCCCUCUGGCUCCCGUGCAGAUCGUUUGGAUUAUCAUGGCCACCUCUGGUAUGCCUGAUAUGGGUCUCGGUUUUGAGCGUGCCGUGCCCGACAUUCUUCGCAGGCCGCCGCAGCCUCUCGAAACCGGCGUGUUCACUCUGGAGCUCAUCUGCGACAUGAUCGUCUACGGCCUUUGGAUCGCGGCGCUUUGCCUUGGUUCCUUUGUGUUGCGCCUGUAUGCCUGGGGCGACGGUAAUCUCGGGGAGGGCUGCAACGAGCGAUACAGUGAGGCCUGCGAUACCGUGUUCCGAUCGCGUGCCACUACCUUUGCCUGCCUCACCUGGUUCUCACUGUUCCUGGCUUGGGAGAUGAUUGACAAGCGACGGUCCUUCUUCCGCAUGCAACCAGGCUCCAAGCUGUACUUCACUCAGUGGAUACACGACAUUUGGCGCAACCAGUUCCUCUUCUGGGCUAUCAUGUUCGGCUUUGUGACGCUGUUCCCUCUAAUCUACAUCCCAGUUAUCAGCACCGUCGUCUUCAAGCACAAGGGAAUCAGCUGGGAAUGGGGCAUUGUCUUUGUCUGCGCCGGCUUGUUCUUCGGUGGUGUUGAGCUUUGGAAGUGGGCCAAACGCGUUUUCUUCCGUAUCCAAGCCCGUCGGGCCAACGGAGUGAGCUGGAGAGAUCUAGAUAUCGAACAGCGGACGUUCGGAGAAUAUCUCAGCUCGCCUGGGUCGAGCGAUGUCAGUGUUCGUCACGGCCUCGAGAAGGUCCCCGUGCCUCCGCCGGCUGCCACGGCACAGAAGAAGUCUAGUCCUUGA